AUGCAAGUUGAAACUCCACAACCAACCCCAAUUACAGAGAAAUCCAAAAUCUCAAAAUUAUUACCAGGUAAACAUACAUUACCAGCAUCAUGGUGGUUUUCAAAAGAUAUUUAUGAACUUGAAAAAAGAGCCAUCUUUAUGAAAUCAUGGUUAUACACUGCACACUCUUCAACUUUUAAGAAAACUGGUGAUUAUUUUGCUUAUAAUGUUUGUGGUAUUCAAUUUUUCUUAAUUAAGAAUAAAAAAGGUGAAAUUAGAGCUUUCCAUAACAUUUGUCGUCAUAGAGCUUAUCCAGUAGUGAGAAAGCAAAAAGGUUCUUCAAUUGUAUUAGGCUGUCAAUAUCAUGGUUGGUCUUAUAACACGGAUGGUGAUCUAACAAAAGCCCCACAAUUUGAUAAUAUUGAAGGUUUUGAAAAAAAAGAAAAUUCAUUAUAUCCAAUCCAUACACAUGUUACAGAUCAAGGUUUAAUUUUUGUUAAUUUUGAUGCUACACCUGAAGGACCAACACCUUUUAAUGAAUGGUUUUCAGGAUUAGAAGAGGAAAUGCGUGGAUUUGAUUUUAGUGAUUAUGAAUAUCACAUGUCUUAUGAAUUGGAUGGAGAAUUUAAUUGGAAAACUUUGAUGGAUGGUUAUAUGGAAUGUUAUCAUUGUCCAACAGCACAUCCUGGUUUAACUUCAGCUUUCCAAAUGAAUACUUAUAAAGUUGUUCCAAAGGGGAAAUAUGCUCGUCAUUUUUGUGAAAUUAAAAGAAAUGAAGAUGUUAAACCAAAACAGCCUGUAAAAGAGAAAAAUUCUGGAUGGUUUGGAUUUGGUAAACCAAAAGAAGUUGAAGAAGAAGUUGCCAAGAAUGUUGGUGGUGAAUUUGAUGGUCUUUGGAUGUAUUUAUAUCCAACAAAUGGAAUUAAUUGUUAUUCACCAGCUUGGUAUUCCAUCAGAGUUUUACCAAUUAGUGCAUCUCAUACAAUUUUACAAUAUGAUAUUUUCACUAAAAAAGGAUUGCCAAAACAUGAAAAGGAUGAAUUUGUUGAAUUUUUACAACAAGUUGAAAUUGAAGAUUUUGAUUUAUGUGUCAAGACUCAACAAAAUUUAAAUCAGGGAGUUUAUUCAACAGGGUUUUUACAUCCAACUAAAGAAAAUGGUGUUGUUUAUUAUCAAAAUGUUGUUAAAGAUAUGGUUAAAGAACAUUUUGCCAAAGAACAAGAGUUGGGAAGACAAAUUAAUCCUUCAUUUUUAGGUGCUAAAGGUGCUGAAGAUUCUAAUGAAUUGGAGGAAAUUUGUAAUAAAGUUGAAUGUCAAGAAUUAAAUUGGUGA